AUGGUCCGCAUUCUUCCCAGUCGUCUCAAGCCGGGCAACUCAAAUGGCUCUGGCGCCAAUUCCAACGCCAACAGUCGCAGCGCGAGCCCAUUGCGCAAGGACUCUCCUAUUCCAGAGAGCCAGGGCCUAGCUCUCAACGUUUCGAUCCUACGGGCCAGGAAUCUCGCCGCCAAGGACAGGACAGGCACGUCGGACCCGUACCUGGUUUUGACCCUCGGCGACUCUAAACAUGUCACCCACUCCGUACCCAAGACCCUUUGUCCCGAAUGGAACGAGCAAUGCCAAUUGCCCAUAACCGGAGUUCAGAGCCUGCUCCUCGACGUGUGCUGCUGGGAUAAGGACAGGUUUGGGAAGGACUACCUGGGCGAAUUUGACCUUGCUCUAGAAGAGAUAUUCACCGACGAGAAGGCAGAACAACCACCAACAUGGUAUCCACUGAAGAGCAAGAAGCCCGGGAAGAAGACGAGUGUAGUUUCCGGUGAAGUCCAGUUACAGUUCACUCUGGUGGACACAACGAACAAGAAUGCCACCAAUGAGCAGAUCUUCGAAAAGUUCUCGCUCAUUACAGGGGCUGCUGCCGCAGCAGCCGAUGCAUCGCGGAAUCCAACGCCCUCUCGCACACCCAUCCUCUCUCCUACACGCAAGGGGAAGUCUCCAUCCCCCUCACCCUCUCUUGGCGAACGAGAAGCCGAUGAUAAUGACGACGAUGAAGAGGACGAAGUGGACGAGGAUGAGACACCGGAGGAUGAGGAUUCAAGCAAGCUGGAAACAGCCGAAAAGAGGAAGAGAAGGCUACGCAUUAAGGGGUUGAAGCGUAAAAAGAGGGAAAACCCUUAUGAAUUCACGAACAGCGACAGUGAUGUGGUGGGCAUUAUCUUCCUCGAAAUCAGCAACAUCGUUGAUUUGCCCCCAGAGUCAAACCUUACCAAGACCAGCUUUGAUAUGGAUCCUUUUGUCAUUGCCUCGCUCGGCAAGAAGACUUAUCGGACCAAGACCAUCCGCCACAAUCUGAAUCCUGUCUUCAACGAGAAGAUGAUAUUCCAGGUUCUUGCCCAUGAACAGUCUUACUCCUUCCUAUUUACUGUUGUCGACCAUGACAAGUACUCUGGAAACGACUUCAUCGCCUCGGUGCACUUCCCCAUCAAGGAGCUGAUCGAGAAGGCUCCAAAGGCUGACCCCGAAACUGGCUUAUACAGCUUGAGGGAACUCCCAGAUUCUCCGGCUGCUCCUGUACAGCGUCCUCGGUUUAUGCGCCUGGGCCUGUCCCGCACCUCGUCCAGCCAAAGCCUGAGCAAGCUUGGAAGAGCAGCUGUGACAAAGAACGUCUCAUCCACAACGAUUACCCCAUCAGCCUCACCGUCACCAGCUCCCAGCACUCCACAACCCGAGGGCCUGCCUGAAGGGGCCCCUAGCACUGCGUACCUUAAUCCUGGGGACAACACCGUAGCAUCCAUUACCGCCCCAGCGGGAGAAACAUCUCAACCUGACAGCGAGGACCCGGAUUUCCUCACUUACACCCUCCCACUAAAGAUGAAGAACCAGGAGAAAUGGGAGGAUAAGCAUAGCCCGAAGUUGACUAUCCGCGCCAAAUACAUGCCAUACCCAGCGCUUCGUCAGCAGUUCUGGAGGGCCAUGUUGAAGCAGUACGAUGCAGACGAGAGUGGAAUGAUCAGUAAGGUAGAGCUGACGACCAUGCUCGACACCCUCGGGUCGACUCUGCGUGACUCGACUAUCGACAGCUUCUUCCAGCGUUUCCCUCAUAAGGCGGGUGACAACGAAGAUGCUGAAGACCUGACGAUGGAUGAGGCCGUCAUCUGCCUGGAGGACCAGCUUAUGGCUAGAUCGCGCCCGCAGAAGAAGAUCCUCGCGGGCUUCGAUACUCCGGCAGAUGGAGGUCAGGCUACUCCGUCUGAAUCUCAGAUCUCUGACGGUAUCCUCCCAGUUCCCGAACUCAGUACCCCAGGGGACGAAGGCGAGCUGCUGGGUCGCGAUGACCUCAACGCAAGCAGCACUGAGGAGCAUGUCGUCGAGAUCCGCGAGUGCCCGAUCUGUCACCAGCCGCGCAUGAAUAAGCGCAAAGACGCCGAUAUCAUCACGCACAUUGCUACUUGUGCAAGCCAGGACUGGCGCCAGGUUAACAACCUGAUGAUGGGCGGUUUUGUCACCUCCAGCCAGGCACAGCGCAAGUGGUACACCAAGGUCAUUACCAAGGUCUCGUACGGCGGUUACAAGAUCGGCGCCAACUCAGCCAAUAUCCUCGUCCAGGACCGCAUCACGGGCCAGAUUGUCGAGGAGAAGAUGAGUGUCUACGUUCGCUUGGGCAUUCGUUUGUUGUACAAAGGUUUGAAGGCUAACAACAUGGAGAAGAAGCAAAUUCGCAAACUUCUCAAGUCACUCAGCAUCAAGCAGGGCAAGAAAUACGACGACCCGGCUUCCAAGGCCGAGAUUCCCAAGUUCAUUGCCUUUCACGGCCUCGACCUGUCUGAGGUCCUCCUGCCACUCGAAGAGUUUAAGAACUUCAAUGAGUUCUUCUACCGCGCUCUCAAGCCCGGUUCUCGCCCUUGUUCUGCCCCUGACAACCCGCGCAUCGUCGUCUCGCCGGCCGACUGCCGCACAGUCGUGUUCAAUCGUGUCGAGCACGCCACCAAGAUCUGGAUCAAAGGCCGUGAGUUCAGCAUCAAGCGCCUGCUGGGCGACGCCUACCCGGAGGAUGUCUCCCGCUACGAGAACGGCGGUGCCUUAGGCAUCUUCCGUCUCGCGCCCCAGGAUUAUCACCGCUUCCACAUCCCCGUCGACGGCAUCCUCGGCAAGCCUAAGACCAUCGCCGGCGAGUACUACACGGUUAACCCGAUGGCAAUUCGUUCAGCACUGGAUGUCUACGGCGAGAACGUGCGCGUGCUCGUGCCGAUCGAUUCCAACGAGUUCGGCCGCGUCAUGGUCAUCUGCGUUGGUGCCAUGAUGGUCGGCAGUACCGUGAUCUUACGGAAUGAAGGCGAGGUCGUCAGGCGCGGUGAGGAGCUGGGUUACUUCAAGUUCGGCGGCAGCACGAUUGUGAUGUUGUUCGAACCAGGCAAGAUGGUGUGGGAUAGCGAUCUGGUGGAGAACUCGAUGGAGCCGUUGGAGACUUUGAUCCGGGCUGGCAUGUCAGUCGGCCACGCCCCCAACGAGCCGCAGUGGACACCUGACAUGCGCAAGGACGACGCUCAGAUCACGGAAGUUGAUCGGGUUGAUGCCAAGCGCCGUAUCCAGGGUCAGGUGUCGGAGUCGGCUGAGGACAGCGGCAGCGGGCUGGAUUCUCCACCUGAACUGCAAGUCCAGGUUCAUCCGCCACCAGCGGCUUAG